CCAUACUCAAAAAAAUGAUUAUCUCAAGUACUAGGCAAAAGACAGAAGACAUUCGUUUCUUCUUGUGUGAUCUGUCUUGGUUAUUUCAGUAAAAAAAUACAGAUCAAUUUAAGAAAUGGCAUUGCGUUUAUUAUUUCAUAAUGUAAACAGAGCGCUUUGUCACACUAGCUCAAAACAUAUUGUCAGUUCUAAUUCGGGUAUGAAAGAAUCGAAUAAAAGUGUUCCUAUUCCUAAGGAUUGGAAAAUAGAAUUAUAUAAUACCAUGAAAGUUCUCCCGGAUUUUAUCAGCGAGAAAGAGGAGAAUAUCCUGAUACAGGAGGUUGAUCCUUAUAUGAAACGAUUACGCUAUGAAUAUUCGCAUUGGGAUAAUGCGAUACACGGUUAUAGGGAAACAGAAUGGAAGAAGUGGAGCAAGGAUAGUUCCCAAAUUCUUGACAGAGUUCGUAAAAAAGCAUUUCCACCUGAAAUGACGCAGCUCUCCCUUGUACAUAUAUUAGAUUUAGCUUCCGAAGGAUGGAUAAAACCACAUAUUGACAGUGUCAGGUUCUGUGGGGGCAUUAUUGCAGGAUUAAGUUUGCUGACUGACAGUGUGAUGAAGUUGACAAUGGAAGGACAUGAAAAAGAAUGCGUCGAGUAUUUCUUGCUACCAAGGAGAUCAUUAUAUAUUAUGAGUGGUGUUGCGAGAUACAAAUACAAUCAUGAAAUCCUCAAAUCUGAGGAAUCAUACUUUGAGGGACGACAUGUACCAAAAAGUAGACGUAUCUCUAUAAUAUGCAGAAGCGAACCUGAUCCUGAAAUGAAUGAAAAUUCAACUAUAUAAUUAAGAAAUUUCGCUGCAGAGAUAUCUGUAAAUAUCUGAAAUUUAAUCAGAGCAUGAAAACUAAAAUAUUCCUAAAUAAAAUUUAUUUAAAAUGAA